UUUUGUAUGUUGCACUAUGGAAUCUAUUAUUCCAAAGAGUUUUAUUUAUUGUUUCUGGUUAUUUGUCCUAGUAGAAAGAUGUCAGUGCAAAAUAGAUGUGAUUGAAGUAACUGAAUGUAGAGAAUCCGUAGAUGGCAAGGGAUCUAUUACUCAAACUUUUGAUGGAGAAUUGAAAAAAAUUGACCUCACAAUGGACCUGCCGGAUGCUGACAUAAAAGAUGAUGCUACUUUUGUCUUGAAACUUCAUAAAUAUGAUAAAGAUAAAGACGAAUGGGAGUAUAACUACGACGAAAAAAAAGGUGAUAUUUGCUUCUACAUUCAACAGUUUCUUUCAAAAAGUUGGGAUAAAGCGAGAUCAGCGUCAAAUCCAGAAAUUGCAGAAGAAUGUGUCGUGCCAAAAGGCACCUAUGAAUGGAAAAAUUUUGAACUAAAUGAAGAUGAUGUCGUCGUUCCAAUUGGUAUGGUGGGGAGAUAUAAACUCGAUGUGACGGUUUAUGGUGAAGAACCUAUGUUUUGUUUCGAGGUAGACGUCGAUGUCCAGGCAUAAAAAUAUAA